CGAGCGACUCAUUUAUAUGAUUACGAGACCCGUCCUGCUCCUGAUACCUCACUAUUUCCCUUUAAUUUUUGUGUUUUAUGACAUUAAACUGCACUAUACAGGAUCUCCUGCUCUGAGAUUUCCUGGGACUUUAAUUGAAUAGACCUUGAGUGGAGGAGUAGGAGGACAAGCACUUUUAUUAAAGGAACACAUCCAGGAUCUGUUGGAUUCAGUGCUGCGUGGAGCUUUAGUUCUCGUGGUUGGUUUGGAGAGGCAGUGGAGCUUGUUUAAAGACUGCGAUGCAUCGCUUAAGGACAUGCGCUGCACGGCUACGGCCGCUCACAGCCUUUCAGAAUGCUCCAAGUUUCUCACAACAGAGGACAGUGGUGACGCCCGGGGCCCUAAGGACGUUUCAGCCCUUUAGGUGCUAUGCGGCCCCUGUCGCCGCUGAGCCUUUUCUCAAUGGGACGAGCUCCAACUAUGUGGAAGAAAUGUACUACGCAUGGCUGGAGAACCCAAAGAGUGUGCACAAGUCUUGGGACAUAUUCUUCCGUAAUGCCAACACAGGAGCUCCCCCUGGCUCUGCCUACCAAAGCCCACCUCCAGUGGGGGUGAGUCUCUCAGGACUGUCUCAGGCCCAGGCACUGGUUGGAGCUCAGCCUAAUGUGGAAAAACUGGUGGAAGACCACCUUGCCGUGCAGUCCCUCAUCCGUGCCUACCAGAUUCGGGGGCACCAUGUUGCACAGCUGGAUCCUCUGGGAAUUAUGGAUGCAGAUCUUGAUUCAUGCGUCCCGGCAGAUAUAAUCACAUCCUCUGAUAAACUUGGCUUCUAUGGACUGGAAGAAGCGGAUCUGGAUAAAGUUUUCCGGCUUCCUACCACAACCUUCAUUGGGGGAAGUGAAAGUGCCCUUACUCUCAGGGAAAUCAUUCGGCGUUUAGAGAUGGCCUACUGUCAGCACAUCGGGGUGGAGUUCAUGUUCAUCAAUGACCUGCAGCAAUGCCAGUGGAUCAGACAGAAGUUUGAGAAGCCGGGAGUGAUGCAGUUUACUCUGGACGAGAAAAGGACUCUACUGACCCGUAUGGUCCGCUCAACAAGGUUUGAGGAGUUCUUGCAAAGGAAAUGGUCAUCAGAGAAACGUUUUGGCCUAGAGGGAUGCGAGUCUCUCAUUCCUGCACUAAAAACCAUCAUCGACAAAUCUAGUGAGAACGGAGUGGAGAGCGUUAUCAUGGGAAUGCCACACAGAGGCCGUCUGAAUGUGCUUGCUAAUGUGAUCCGUAAGGAGCUGGAGCAGAUCUUCUGCCAGUUUGAUUCAAAGCUGGAAGCUGCAGAUGAGGGCUCAGGUGAUGUGAAAUAUCAUCUGGGUAUGUACCACAGACGCAUCAACCGAGUCACUAAUCGCCACAUCACUCUGUCUCUGAUGGCCAACCCUUCACACCUGGAGGCAGUGGACCCUGUAGUGCAGGGCAAGACCAAGGCAGAGCAGUUCUACUGCGGUGACUCUGACGGCAAAAGGGUGAUGUCCAUCUUAUUGCAUGGAGAUGCAGCCUUCGCAGGUCAGGGUAUCGUCUAUGAGACCUUCCACCUGAGUGACCUGCCGUCCUACACCACACAUGGCACUAUUCACGUGGUCGUAAACAACCAGAUUGGCUUUACUACUGACCCUCGGAUGGCGCGCUCCUCGCCGUAUCCCACGGACGUGGCCAGAGUGGUCAACGCUCCCAUCUUCCAUGUUAAUGCAGACGAUCCUGAGGCUGUGAUGUAUGUGUGUAAUGUAGCUGCAGAAUGGAGAGCCACCUUUCAUAAAGAUGUGGUGGUUGAUCUGGUGAGCUACAGACGGAACGGCCACAACGAGAUGGACGAGCCAAUGUUUACGCAACCGCUGAUGUACAAACAGAUAAAGAAACAGAAACCUGUUCUGCAGAAAUAUGCUGAAAAGCUCAUUGCAGAAGGAGCCGUAAGCAGACAGGAAUGUGAGGAGGAAAUUGCCAAGUAUGACAAAAUCUGUGAGGAGGCGUACAAUCGUUCUAAAGAUGAGAAGAUCUUGCACAUUAAGCACUGGCUUGACUCACCUUGGCCAGGUUUCUUCACUCUGGACGGUCAACCCAAGAGUAUGAGCUGUCCAUCCACUGGUCUUAAUGAAGAAGUGCUUAGUCACAUUGGUCAGGUGGCUUCCUCUGUGCCUGUGGAGGAUUUCACUAUCCAUGGAGGUCUUACCCGUAUCCUGAAGGGCAGGGCUACAAUGGUGCAGAACCGCUCAGUGGACUGGGCUCUGGGAGAAUACAUGGCCUUAGGUUCUCUUCUAAAGGAAGGCAUUCAUGUGCGUCUCAGUGGUCAGGAUGUGGAGAGAGGGACCUUCAGUCAUCGGCACCAUGUGCUACAUGAUCAGAACGUUGACAAACGGACUUGCAUUCCCAUGAACUACAUUGACCCGAACCAAACUCCAUAUACAGUGUGCAACAGCUCCCUGUCAGAAUACGGGGUUCUUGGUUUUGAGCUUGGCUUUGCCAUGGCGAGUCCUAAUGCUCUAGUGCUCUGGGAGGCUCAGUUUGGAGACUUUCAUAACACCGCCCAGUGCAUCAUCGACCAGUUCAUCUCCCCCGGCCAGGCCAAGUGGGUCCGACAGAACGGCAUUGUGCUGCUGCUGCCUCAUGGCAUGGAGGGCAUGGGACCAGAGCACUCCUCCGCCCGUCCAGAGAGAUUCUUGCAGAUGUGCAAUGAUGACCCUGACGUUUUCCCGAAAAUCACAGAGGACUUUGCCGUCCGGCAGCUUUAUGACUGUAACUGGAUUGUGGUGAACUGCUCCACUCCUGCAAAUUACUUCCAUGUUCUUCGGAGGCAGAUUCUUCUGCCCUUCAGAAAGCCACUCAUUAUCUUCACGCCUAAAUCACUGCUACGGCACCCAGAGGCCAAGUCAAGAUUUGACGACAUGUUACCAGGCACACACUUCAGACGUCUCAUUCCUGAAGAAGGAAGUGCAUCACAGAAUUCAGCUGGAGUGAAGCGUCUCAUCUUCUGCACAGGAAAAAUUUAUUAUGACCUCACCAAAGAACGAAGGACCAGAGGCCUGGAGGACACAGUAGCCAUCAGCCGCAUUGAGCAGCUUUCUCCAUUCCCAUUUGACCUGGUGAAAGCUGAGGCAGAGAAGUAUCCGCAGGCUCAGCUGCUGUGGUGCCAGGAAGAGCAUAAGAAUCAAGGCUACUACGACUAUGUCAAGCCACGCAUCAGCAGAACCUUCAACAACACCUGUCCCGUUUGGUACGCCGGCCGAGAGCCUGCAGCUGCCCCCGCCACAGGCAACAAGAAGGCUCAUCUUGUGGAGCUGGAGCGGUUCUUGGACACAGCCUUCAACCCGGAUGCCUUCCAGAACCAGUCCUAAGCACCUCGCACCAUCCACUCCCUUCAUUACCAUCCCUCCGUCCCUCGUUUUUCAGGAAACUCACACCCCACUGUUAGCGUUAGAAGGCAGGCUGGCAGCUAGGAAUCUCCUGACCAAAGCACAGGUUUGCUUUGCACUGUACAGUAGAUAUGAGAGGCCUAUCUAUGCAGGUUUUAUGAAAGGAUGCAAGCUUUCAGCAAUGUUAUGGUAAUGGGAUCAGUUUGCAUGCAUGUGUCUCUGAGGCAUGUUGAUGAUGGUUUUAAUAGGGAUUUAAAGUGACAUGCAGCUUAAACUAGAGGUUUCCCCUCAAUAAUACAAAUAUUUUUUUAAAUUUUGAAUAUGCACAAAAUCAUAUCAACAGCGCAAGAAAAUGUUUGCACUGUCCGUUACCUGAGUUGGCAUGGACGUCUCAGAAAUGAGACACUGAAACGUCAUGAUAGCAUGAGGGCUUUAAAGGGCAUGCAUGGAACCCUAUGCAUUUUUUAAUUAUUGCGAAAAAGGAACAAGUUAGCUUGCCUGUGUUUAGCAGUUUUAGAAUAUAGCAGGAAAUGUAAAGACACCCUAUCUUUCUUCCUUAUCCUCUUCUUCUCUCCCAUUCACCCUCUAAACACUCAGUGCCAAAGUAAAAUGAACUUCAGUAAAUGAAUUCAAGGACUGAAAGCUGAAACAAUCAUUUUAUCUUCUUGUUAUUUAAAAAAACAAUAAGCUGAGAUUAAGCAACAAGCGGAAAGACUCUCUUCAGGACAUCAAAUAAAAGGAUUUAUUUA